AUGAGGGUUCUCAAGACGUCUUUGCAUUGCCUCUUUUGGCAACAAGACAUUGAUAUCAAAGCAAGAAUGCUGUAUGGUUGGCUCAAUGUGAAACAGCAGCAAGACAAUAUGGAUGGCAUGGAGAGACGGUUUCUAUUUGAGGCAAAGAUGGUAUUGAGAAAUACUACAAGGUCUGGCUCUGGUUGGGCGAUUAUUUUGAUCAAUCAGCACGUCGAGGAUGUCAUUGUAUAG